ACUCGUAGCUCCGCCUUCUGGUCAAUGUUUAUAAAAACUGCUGUCGCAGUAAAAAAAUACAGUUCAGUUUUUCAGAAGAGAGAGUAAAACAACUUAAAAGAUGAAGACCGGUUCUUAUGUUGUAGCGAUCUUGCUGGCUUUGCUGAGUCAAAUUCAGGGCAAGCCAUCCCUGCUGAUCCAGUCUCCUGAAGGCCCUGUGCUGGAAGGCCAGUCGGUUACCCUGGAGUGUGUGUCAGAUAUGGACAGUGAUAUGAGCUUUUACUCCAUCCAGAAAUAUUCCAGGUACAUGAUGAUGUGGAUCAACUUAGAAAAGACUACUCACUUAAGAUGCUGGUACUAUGAUGUGAAUGUCACCCGUGCUGACGGCCGUCUGCAGCUAAACAUUCCCAGCAUACAAAGCUGGAACUCUGGCUCUUUUCGCUGUGUUGCUAACAACGGCACCAAUGAGGAAUCCAUAUCCGAAGAUUUGAAUAUCCCUGUGCAUUAUUUACGAGAUAUCUCGAUCUACCGGGACAACAGCUUCUAUAGCCGUUACUGGGAUCAGCUUGGUGUCCUGAAUGUGACACGCGGGAGUGAUGUGGAGGUGGAAUGCUCUGCUUCAGCUUCUGAGACCCCCACUUAUACUUGGAGCAAGAAGGGUCUUGAAUGGGUGCAGCUGUCCAAUAAACUAAAGCUCCAAAAGGUGCAAGAUGGUGAUGCUGGAUUGUACACCUGCACAGUGCAGCACCCUACGGUGCCCAGCCUGUCUAAGACACGUUCCUUGCAGCUGUAUGUGGUGAAUGAAAAAAAGAAUUGGCUGGGUCCAGACCAAAUGAACCUGAUCUUGAUGACUGCUGUUCCUGCUGGAGUACUUCUGCUGAUCAUCCUUAUCCUGGCAGUGUAUCUGUCCAAACGCAAGGCACCCAUUGUCAAAGGGCCCAUUGAUGACCAUUCCCAGAAGAAGCCCAUAUACACUGGGAGCCAGGAGUCUCUGCCUUCCGCUGCUGACACUCAGCCACUAGUCUAAAUGGUGAGAUGAACCGCAGCCAUUGAAGACUGAACACCAGCAGGCACACAAAAGAUGAGACCCUUUACAGAAGACUGCGUUUGAGUGGGCACGGGAAGGCAUUUUGAUUUUCCAAAAUUCUACAGCAAUUUUUCUUUGUAUUGGUUACAAAUCAGGGAUUCUGCUUACAUUUUUGAUUUUGAUUGUCUACAUUUAUGAAUCAAAUUUUAAUACCAAGUAUUGUGUUUUUUGUAACUCUUGUUACUGUCUGUCUUAGGCUUUUGAGGUUAUGGCCUUCUUUCUAUAGAGAGGUUUAAAAUAUUUUUCAAGAUGCUUGUCAAUGACUACUGAGAAAAAAAGUGUGUUUGCAGAUGUUAAAGCACUUUAGAAUUUGGUUUUGCUUUUGAAUCUCAUCCUGCUGAAGUACUUUUUGUUCUACUGCAUCAGAAUUGUUUUUCAUAUUAAUAAAAAGAGUGUAAUAAGUAA